UGGCCAUCGCUUUGCUGCCGCCGUAUAAAACCUAGGAUCUCAAAGGAAACCCCAAAUAAUAAGGAGUUACUAGAUCUCGAUUGAUAUAUCUCACUGGAACCGCUUGUGUUUAGCCCUUUCUCUUGCACGCUUGAGCUUGGGCUUGCUAAUACUUACGCCAAACAUGGCAUACGACAAGGUUCCCGUUUUACUGCUCAAGACAAAGUCGACCCCUGUCGAUGCCUAUGAAGAGAUCUUCUCCCAGACAUAUGAGGGCAAUGCCUUUGAGCCAAUUUUCAUACCAGUCCUUGAGCACAGGUUCCUGGAUAAUGGCAUGAAACAAGUCAGAGCCGUGCUCAAGGAGCAUAAGAUUGGCAAUGGCGCAGACUGCCAGUAUGGUGGCAUGAUAUUUACCUCACAGCGAGCGGUCGAGGCCUUUGCCCACCUGGUCACCGAGGGCGCAGGGAAUGGAGGUGCGCAAUGGCCAAAUUUGCAGGAUAUCCCCAUCUACAGCGUUGGGCCGGCGACGACCCGCGCGCUGAAAGCCAUCCCGCAGGAGCCGGCUCUAAACGUCUAUGGGGAGCACGCUGGUAAUGGCGAAACGCUUGCGCCAUUCAUACUGGAUCAUUACGGCGAGUGGUACAAGGAAAGGGACACCAAGCCUCCACUACUAUUCCUCACAGGCGAGGUCAGGAGAGACAUUAUCCCCAAGGUGUUGAUGGAUAGCAGACUGGCGGCGACCCGGCGCAUACAAGUCGACGAGGUGGUUGUGUACGGGACGGGCGUGAUGCACUCCUUCGAAGACGAGAUGCGCCAGACGCUCGACAGGGUGAGGGGCUACCGCAUGCUCUGGGCGGUUGUCUUCUCGCCGACUGGCUGCGACAGCAUGUUGCGUGCGCUCGGUUUCCUCAAGGGCGAUGGCAAGCUGGAAACGGAGGUGGUGGGGCGGCGCAAAGAUUCCGACCAUAGGACUUUGGUGGCCACCAUCGGGCCCACGACCAGGGCUCACCUGGCCGACUCAUUCCAAUUCGAACCAGAUGUUUGCUCAGAACAUCCCAGUCCAGAUGGUGUCUGGUCUGGCAUUACCAAAUACAUCAGCAAUCUGAGAUAACAAAUGUGUCAUGGAUUUGUGUUUUAAACGUGAUCCCGGGAUUACUGACAGGGCUAGAGUUGCUUGGCGACAUGGAAAAAAGUCAAUGCCAAGGAAGGUUUUCUUUUCUGUGUUGGUCCGAAACGAUUUGUUCAUUGCAUGGUCAGUGAUGAUGUUUAUCUUUGUUAGUGCCAGACGAGCGUUCGUACAUAGGUGGUGUUAAUGCGAGUGCGUGUGUAUGCGCACGAGUUUGUAAUGGUCUCGAAUGAUAACAGGAAAGAUCAGAACCCCGUA